AUGAUGGAGGAUCACGCAGCCAGCCAGGAGAAGCACAUCCCAUCAGGCUAUCCCCUUCAGAUUCCAGUCGAUGAUGGAUCGGAUGAGCCUGUUUCUGAAACAUCUGACGCUAAGAGCACCCCAACUACGGAAGAUGCCACAGCACCUUUAGUGGAGGAAGGAGACCACGAGGAUCAGGGUGGUGUCGAACAACACGGGGAGAUCCCAGAAGGAACCACAGCUGAAGAGGCAGGUGUAGGAGCCACCCCCAACCUGGAGGACCACGCUGCAGGAGAUGCUCAAGGUCGUAUUGACAGCAAAGACAAGGAAGGGACUGAAGCUGAGGAAAAGAAACCAAAGGGCCCAGAGAUGAGAGGUGGCACCAAGACGGCCACGCCGCGCUCCGGUGCCGGGCAGGCCCAGAGGAACUCCAGCAAUGCCACCCGCAUCCCAGCAAAGACCCCCACGGCCCCCAAGACACCUCCCAGCUCUGGCAGAAAGGAGCAGAAAAAACCACCUCCUGCAGCAGCAAAGUCUGAGAAAGGUGAGCAGCCAAAAUCUGGAGACAGAAGUGGUUACAGCAGUCCUGGCUCCCCGGGGACUCCGGGCAGCCGUUCCCGCACUCCUUCUCUGCCCACCCCCCCAGCCCGGGAGCCCAAGAAGGUGGCAGUGGUUCGUACGCCGCCCAAAUCUCCAGCCUCUGCCAAGACCCGUGUCCAGCCCUCAGCUGCACCCAUGCCUGACCUGAAAAAUGUCAAGUCCAAAAUUGGCUCCACUGAAAACCUGAAGCACCAGCCCGGAGGUGGCAAGGUGCAGAUAAUUAAUAAGAAGCUGGACUUUAGCAGCGUUCAAUCCAGGUGUGGCUCAAAGGACAAUAUCAAACACAUCCCAGGAGGAGGCAGUGUUCAAAUUGUUUACAAGCCAGUCGACCUGAGCCAUGUGACAUCCAAAUGUGGUUCCCUGGGCAACAUCCAUCACAAACCAGGUGGUGGCCAGGUGGAGGUAAAAUCUGAGAAACUGGACUUCAAAGAUAAGGUGCAGUCGAAAAUUGGGUCCUUAGAUAACAUCAGCCACGUCCCUGGAGGAGGAAACAAAAAGAUCGAGACCCACAAGCUGACUUUCCGUGAGAACGCCAAAGCCAAGACCGACCACGGCGCUGAAAUCGUCUACAAGUCCCCGACCAUCUCCGGGGAUGCCUCCCCCCGCCGCCUCAGCAACGUCUCCUCCACUGGCAGCAUCAACAUGGUGGACUCCCCCCAGCUGGCCACACUAGCUGAUGAAGUGUCUGCUUCCCUGGCCAAGCAGGGCUUGUGA